GCCGGGCCGCUGAUGGCGCGGGACGCGCAGGGCGCUGGGCGCGGGUGCAGCCCGCCCGGGCCUGGGCGCCGCAGCUCUUGGAAGCGGGAGGCACGGUCCAUCGGGGCGGGUUACGCUUCAGUUCUUCGGGGCUCUCAGCCGUUGCGCGGAAUCCGGAAGUUGGGCAAAGGCCGCGGUUGCUGUCUGUGGUCGCAGACACAGAGCUGAAAGUGACGUUCUGAAGCCACCUUGAGCGGAGCCUCGACAGGGCCGACGUCAGGCCGAACAGGCAUUACAGUAUUUCUGUUUGCUCCUCUGAUAUUUAAAUAAUUUCUAGAAAUACCGUACAUUUUGAAAGGAAAAGUAACAAAUAUCAGCAGGUGGACUUUAUUACAUGCUUUUCCGCAUCUAUCAAGAUGAUCGUAUGGAUAGUCUCCUUUAAUCUGUUUAUGAGACCAGUUACAUCGGUAGAUUUUUGUUUUAUUAAAAAUUUCAUAAAUAAUAACAGAAUAACCACAGUUAUUACACUGUGUAUUGUUAUCUUCAAACUGGUUGCUCAGGGUAUAAGACAAACCCAAAAGCUUCCAACUAAAAAGAAGUCAGAGCGCCUGCCUGGCUAGCGCGAAGUUCCGAGUUCGAUUCCCAGUAAAAAAAAA